AUGACCUAUCAUGCACCUUCACUUGUGAUAAUAUGGCACGUGCUCCAGGUAUACUCUUCCAAGACGUUUACGGACUCUGCAUCCCAAUGCGGCUUUGACAAGGAUAGAGCUACCCGAUAUGCAGGUGCUCUAUCGCGCGUCUACAACCAAGCCAUUGCGGGCGAUGUCCCUGGCAUGGAGCUGCUGCUAGCAUCGGCAACCCGCUUCGCGUAUCACCUGCGAGGGAAUGUCCAUCCAGACAAAGCGGGUGUUAGACCUUCACGUCUCAGUGCUCAUAUUCGGAACUUGUUCUGGCUCUAUUAUGUCUUCAACCAGGAAACAACCAUGCGGACCGCUCUACCACCGGCCAUUGACUACUCGAACUGCGAUCUCACUUUGCCGUCAUUUAGAAUGUCCACCUGCGUUCUUACAAUUCAUACGGGUGACCAUCAUACAGUCCCAGAUCUACCGCCGGCUGUACUCGGCCUCGGCUAUGGGCCAGACCAACGCGGAGCUCCUCUGUACUAUUCGGAACUUGACAGGAACCUAAAGGAUUGGAAGGAGUCGGUCCCUUCAGACUCUCGACCUACUCUUAUGAGACGGCCCGCCGAUGCAGGGAGCAUGGCAUCGUCGGUUCUCCAGCUGCAAUAUCACUACUGCGUGGCCGCCAUUCACCAAGCGAGCGGCCGCUGCAAAUCCUGGACUGACAAUCAGGACACCCAGGCACAAGGAUCCAGCCUUGCGAUUAGUGUGGCUGCAAGUCAGUCACUGCUAUGCAAGUUCUCUGAGCUUGAACUGUAUUUUCACCAUUAUAAUCUAUUGUUCCAUCUUCCAUACCUGACGGCUGCCAUGAUCCACCUCUUCUGCAACAUCCUCCUGUACUCACGUGAAGAGAGCAGCCAGAGCAACUUGGAGCUUAUAGUCGGAGUGCCGAUCCGUAUGGGGUUGCAACUACGGUCUGAUGCGCCUGCCGCGUUCCGUAUGCAGGUCAAGUACGUGCAGGACCUGUGCGGUGAAAUAGAACGUCUUGCACACAUUGCUAUUUCCUCGUCGAAACAAUAA